AUGUGCGGCAUCUUCUUUUCCAUCGCAAGAGAUGGCCCGUCUUUCCCGGACUCCGAGACUGUAGUCGCCUUGCAAGCACGAGGGCCCGACAGUUAUCGAGCCUCAAAUGCCAAUGUGCCGUCACAUUCCUCCCCGACAUUCUAUUUGACAUUUGUCUCUUCAGUCUUAGCACUGCGCGGGGAUGUCAUACAGCAACAGCCUCUGCAUGACCAGUCCACUGGGUCCAUGCUCUGCUGGAACGGCGAAGCCUGGAGAAUAGAUGGAGACAUCGUGCAAGGAAAUGAUUCUGCGCGAGUGUUCGAUCUCCUACUGAGUGCCUCUCAGUGCGCCGAAGGACUUGUUGAUCAACGGAUCUGCGACGCUCUUGCACGCAUUUCAGGGCCGUUCGCCUUCGUUUUCUACCAUGCUCCUACGUCUACUGUCUAUUUUGGCCGGGACAGACUAGGCCGUCGCUCUUUACUUGUCGAUCGGUCUACUGAUCAAUCGCUGACCCUGUCUAGUAUUGGCCUGUUCAACCAGCCAACGCCGCUGGUUGAAGUCGGUCCCGAAACUAUUCACUACGCUACCAUUGGCGACGAGACUAUCAAGUUCGGCGAGAUACCUUGGGGAAAUGCGUCGCCUGCCAUCAACAAAUACAUGCCUUCUCAAGUGCCAGAUCCGAUGCCUUCUGCUAACAGCGUGGAUCGAUUUCUGAACCAGCUCAAAGCGGCAUUGGAGGUUAGGGUUGUUGAUAUCCCCGACCAUUCACACUCGCAAGUGCUUCCACAUGACGCGAAAGUGGCAAUACUGUUCUCAGGUGGGCUGGAUUGCACCCUUCUGGCACGGCUGGCACAUGAUAUCUUGCCGACCAACGAGCCGAUUGACCUGUUAAACGUGGCUUUCGAGAAUCCACGCUCUAUUGCCGCAAAGGCCGGCCAAAUCGAGUCACCAUACGAACUUUGUCCGGAUCGGCUGACAGGCCGCUCCAGCUUCACCGAAUUGUGUCAGGUUUGUCCAGGCAGGAAAUGGAGAUUUGUGGCUGUUGAUAUCCCUUACUCGGAAGCGCUCGCUCACCGACCGACCAUAAUAAAGUUGAUGAGCCCGCACAACACCGAAAUGGAUUUGUCUAUCGCAAUGGCACUCUAUUUCGCCGCCCGCGGUCGGGGUACAUCAUCAGACGAGCAGUCUUCGAAUGCUUCCGUCACAGUAUAUACCUCAACAGCCCGGGUGCUCCUCUCGGGGUUGGGCGCGGAUGAAUUGUAUGGUGGAUACUCGCGGCACUCCGCCGCUUUCGCUCGUGGAGGCUAUCCUGCCCUGGCGGAUGAGCUCGAGAUGGAUUUUAAUCGCAUCGGCUCUCGCAACCUGGGUCGCGACGAUCGGGUUAUGAGCCAUUGGGGCAAAGAAGUGAGAUACCCGUACUUGGAUGAAGACUUUGUUCGUUUCUCGUUGAGCCUUCCAGUCUGGGAAAAGACAGGUUUCAGACCUGGCAAGAACAUCCCGAAGCAUUAUGAAGACUCUUUAUUUGCAGGUACGGAAGAGUCUCUGGAACCGGCCAAAAUGUUGUUGAGACUUGCUAUGUGGCAGAAAGGCAUGAGAAGGACGGCUACAGAGAGGAAGAGGGCCAUCCAAUUCGGCGCCCGAACCGCCAAAAUGCAUGUUGGGAAAGGGAGAACCAAGGGGACGGACAUUCUGGUUGCGGAAUGCUAA